UGUGUUUAAAGUGUUAUUACUAAAAUGUUUCAACAAUUUUCUUUAAACGGGUUAAAUGCGAAAAUUCAUUUAUUAAUCGGGCUUAGUACAAUAACUGUUCUAAUACUAGUUUUUCAAAUAUUUAGCGUUAAAGAUGAGCCAACAUUACGUUUUGGUUUUGUGAAUCGCUGGCUUUAUAAUGUAAGUCGAAAUACGACACAAUACGUCCAUCCCGAUAAAAACACAACGAUUUUGCUACCAAAAGAUUUCUGUAAAACAAAAUUGGAUGUUUUAAUAAUAAUUUUAUCAGCACCUAAAAAUUCAAAAAUAAGAGGAGCUAUCAGAGAAACAUGGGGCUUAAAUAAAAACGUUUUAAAUUCUGCAGUUGGUAUUUAUUAUUUAUUAGGAACACCAACUAAUAAAACGCUACAAAAAAAAAUCGAAAUGGAAUUCGAUCUCUACCAAGAUUUAAUCCAAGAAGAUUUUAUAGAUACCUAUCACAAUUUAACAAUAAAAUCAGUGAUGUUAUUAAAACUAGUAACAACUCAUUGUUCCCAUUUUGUUCAUUACAUAAUGAAAAGUGAUGAUGAUGUUUACAUUUACAUCCCAACAUUAAUUAGAACUUUAAAAAGCAUUAAAUUGAAAAGCAAACUUUUAUUAGGUGACAUCACAAAGAGACCAAGACCUUUUAGAUCUUUAGAAAGUAAAUGGUUCACUCCAUAUUAUUUAUACCAAAAGAAAUUUUAUCCAAAUUUCUUAGCUGGCGCUAGUUACGUGAUGAGUGUGGACGUUUUAAUGAAAUUGUACAAAACAGCUUUACAAACUCCAAUUUAUCACUUAGAAGAUGUUUAUAUCACCGGUAUUUUGGCAGAAAAAUCGAAAAUUAUCCCUCGAUAUCAUCCAGGAUUCACGAGACUUAAACGAAAACUUGACCCUUGUUUAUACAAAUCGUUUAUUAACAGUCAUCGAUGUAGCGCUAUUGAUUUACGAAAAAUUCACGAAUUAAUUAUGAGAACUGACUUUCAAAAAUGUCCCGUCAAUAAGAAAAAUUAAGAUUUGAAUAAGAUUGAAAAGGAAAUGCUAAAAGUGGAUCUAAGAUAAAUGCAAGAUUGAAUUUAAAAAAAAUACUUUAAUGCAUUGUUUGCAGUGAUGUUUUGCCAUCUUAUGUAUAUAAGGUAAACUGAAUAUAGAAUUGUUGAGCAUAUUUCCUGUUUAUGUAUUGAUGCGCUAUCUAUGUUUAAGAAGUGAAACUUUCCAUAAACCCAAUUCAUUUCGAUCGAGUCGAUGUCUGCAAAAUGUAAUGAUAUAGUUAUAUUUAGAAACUCAUUUUAAAUUGGUGAUUACCAGACCUUCUAAACAAUUUAAUCUUAUCCUUACACGACUAAUAAAAGAUCAUCUAUAAUCAGUGGUGCUAUA